UCGGAGAAGUCAUUGCCGUGUCAUCUUUGCGCGCAGGCGCAGUGCGGCCAAGGGGUGCAUGUGUGAAGCCAAGAUUGCAGGGAGUAGCAGAGUCACAAGAGAGUAAGUGGCGGUUGCAGGGACGGAAGAGGAAGACUGAUCAGCCAUGCCCAAGGGAGGAAAGCAGCACCAGCACCAGGAACAAUGGAUCGGGGACGAGGAAGAGAAGAGCGUCCCUGGAGAGGGGGCUGGAGACAAAGUGGUAAAGAAGGGGAAGAAGGAUAAAAAGACAAAAAAAUCGUUCUUUGAAGAGUUGGCCGUAGAGGAGAAGCAUGCCAGUGAGGAGCAGGUGGCUGAGAAAGAAAAGGAGCAACAGCAACAGCAGCAAAAAAAGAGACGAGAUAAGAAAAAGGAUCGAAAGAAAAAAGAUGUGGAGGAAGAUGAGGAAGAGAACCAGCUGAUUGAGAGGCUGAAGAAGCUGUCCACCCAACCCAGUGAUGAGGAAGAUGAAGUGCCUGCUCCCAUUGUCAAAGGUGGUAAGAAAAAGAAGGGAGGGAAUGUGUUUGCCGCCUUAAGUCAGGAGCAAAGUGAGGAAGAGGAGGAAGAACCACCGAAGCCCAGCGAAGCUGACAAGAAUAAGAUCAACAAGGCAGCUUGUGAUGAUGAAGAGGAGAAACGGCCUAACAAAAAAGAGUCAACGGGCAAACAGAAGCAGCAAGAAGAAGAUGAGGAGGACAUAAAGGGGAAGAGCAGAAAAAACGAGAAGAAUAAAGGAAGACAGCAGAGAGGAGGCUCCGCCUUUGCCAUCUUGGCUCAAAGUGACAAUGAGGAGGAGGACGAGGAGGAAGACAGUGAAAUAGCAAAGAAGCCCAAGGGCAAAGCAAAGACAGUGAAAAGAGAGGCUGUUCAACCUGAUGAAGCUGGGGGGAAAACGAAAGGGAAAAAGAAUCUGCCCUCCAAAAACAAGUUUGCUGCUUUGGAAGCAGAGGAAAUGGACGAGGAAGAAGACGGUAGCUACAGUAACGAAGAGGAGGAGGAGUCUGCAAAGGGCAAAGACAAGUCUAAGCAGAGCAGCAUGGCACAAUCAGAGGAGGAGGAAGAGGAUGAAGAGAAGAAGGAAGAUGAUCCAUAUGCACACCUCAGCAAAAAGGAAAAGAAGAAACUCAAAAAACAGCUGGAAUAUGAACGGCAGGUGGCGACCAUGAAAGCGGCCAACGCAGCAGAGAAUGACUUCUCGGUGUCGCAAGCAGAAAUGUCCUCCCGGCAGGCCAUGCUGGAAAAUGCCUCUGAUAUCAAGCUGGAGAAAUUUAGCAUCUCCGCUCACGGCAAAGAGUUAUUCGUUAAUGCCGACCUGUACAUUGUGGCGGGGCGCCGAUAUGGCCUAGUGGGACCUAAUGGGAAAGGCAAAACUACCUUGCUGAAACACAUUGCUAACAGGGCUCUGAGCAUCCCUCCCAACAUUGAUGUGUUACUCUGUGAACAAGAGGUGGUUGCAGACGAGACCCCUGCAGUACAAGCUGUGCUGAAGGCUGACACUAAGAGGCUACGGUUGCUGGAAGAAGAGAAAAGGCUGCAGACACUGCUGGAAAAAGGCGAUGAUACCGCUGGGGAGCGGUUGGAGAAGGUCUAUGAAGAAUUACGAGCUACAGGAGCUGCCGCAGCUGAGGCCAAAGCUCGGAGAAUCCUGGCUGGUUUGGGCUUUAACCCGGAGAUGCAAAACCGACAAACCAAGAAGUUCUCAGGGGGCUGGCGCAUGAGGGUGUCCUUGGCCAGAGCACUGUUCAUGGAGCCCACAUUGUUAAUGCUGGAUGAGCCCACGAACCACUUGGAUCUGAACGCCGUCAUCUGGCUUAACAACUACCUCCAGACAUGGAAGAAAACCCUCCUCAUUGUCUCCCAUGACCAGGGUUUCCUGGAUGAUGUGUGCACAGACAUUGUUCAUCUAGACAUGCAGAAACUAUUCUACUACCGGGGGAACUACAUGACCUUCAAGAAGAUGUAUCAGCAGAAACAGAAGGAGCUGCUCAAACAAUAUGAGAAACAAGAGAAGAAGCUGAAAGACCUCAAGGCUGGAGGGAAGUCCACCAAGCAGGCAGAAAAACAGACAAAGGAGGCUUUGACCCGCAAGCAGCAGAAGUGCCGCAAGAAAAACCCAGAUGAAGAGGCCAAUGAAGCUCCUGAGCUACUGAAGCGGCCUAAGGAAUAUACUGUGAAAUUUACCUUUCCGAACCCACCACCCCUCAGCCCGCCCAUUCUGGGCCUGCAUGGUGUGGACUUUAGCUAUGAGGGACAGAAGCCUCUCUUCAAAAAUUUGGACUUUGGGAUUGAUUUAGAGUCUCGGAUCUGUAUCGUAGGCCCCAACGGUGUGGGAAAGAGUACAUUGCUGCUGCUGUUAACGGGGAAACUGCCACCGACAAGAGGAGAAAUGAGGAAAAACCACAGGCUAAAAAUUGGGUUCUUCAACCAGCAAUAUGCCGAUCAACUGAACAUGCAGGAGACAGCGACGGAGUACCUGCAACGUAACUUCAACCUGCCCUACCAGGAUGCUCGCAAAUGCCUCGGGCGUUUUGGCUUGGAGAGCCACGCCCACACCAUCCAAAUCUGCAAGCUCUCCGGGGGACAGAAAGCCCGUGUGGUAUUUGCAGAACUGGCUUGCAGGGAGCCAGACGUCCUUGUUUUGGAUGAACCUACAAAUAACCUGGAUAUUGAGUCCAUUGAUGCCUUGGGAGACGCCAUCAAUGAAUACAAAGGGGCUGUGAUCAUUGUCAGCCACGACGCCCGACUUAUCACCGAGACCAACUGCCAGCUCUGGGUGGUGGAGGACCAGACCAUCAACCAGAUAGAUGGAGACUUUGAGGACUACAAGCGGGAAGUCCUGGAGGCCUUGGGCGAGGUCAUCAUCAACCGGCCUCGGGAAUGAGGCUGGAGGAGGAGGCAGAGUCUCACCACCUUAGCUGCCCUUGCUUCCUCUCAUUCACAGGACUCUUGAGUGGAAGGGGGCAGAAGUGAGUGACUGAAGCCAAAAGCUCCCUUUUUCCAAGCGGCUGUCUUCUCUCCCCACCCACCAGCCAGCAGGGAAUUUGAAAGUGUUUUGAGGGGAGGAGUAUGGGUAUGUCUAAGCAUGGCUCAUUCUUAUGAAACACAAGUUAGCAUUUUACGAGUCGCUCCUUCUUAUCUCCCCUCUUUUUUCUGAUAAUAGUUCCAGCGGAGUUGUGUAAACUGAUUUAAAUUAAAAUGUGAAGGACA